AUGCGUGGCCUCUUAGCUUUUGUGAUUUUCUUCUCAAUUUCAACAUUCUCGUUUAGUUAUGCAACUGCAACUUCUAUAGAUUCUUUGUGUGUAUUUGAAGCUAGAUGGCAUAUGUUUAUAAUCAACGAUAUCUCUGAAGACAUCACAAUUAAUGUGAGAUCACAAGGACAUGGUCUUGGAAAAGAAACCCUUCCUUAUCAAGAAAACUACGACUGGGACUUUUGUGAAAACGGAAAAAUUGAAUUUUCUGGUGACUUUUGGUGGAAUUCAAAAAUAUCAAAGUUUGAUGUUAUAUGA